AUGCAGCUGUCCGCAGCCGACAUGAAGCUCUUGAAGAGCACCAAGUUCCCGCCCGAAUUCGAAGAGAAGGUCGACACGACCAAGGUGCAGAUGGACAUCAUGAAGAAAUGGAUUGCCACCAAGGUCCAGCAAAUCCUCGAGACCGACGACGACAUGGUAGUCGACUUCAUCUACAAUUUGCUCGACGGAGAGCGCUACCCCGACCCGAAGAAGCUUCAGAUCGCUCUCGGCGGCUUCCUUCACGAUGAUGCCCCGCGUUUUGUCAGGGAGUUCUGGAACCUGUGUCUCAGUGCCCAAAGCAACAAGGAUACUCUUGGUGUUCCUCGAGAACUGCUGGAGAUGAAGAAGGAUGAGAUGAAGCAGGACAAGAAAGCACAGGAGAAGGCAGCUGAGGAGGCUCGGACCGACCUCGUGGCAGGGGUCGCGGUGGUGGACGCGGUGGCUCUGCAUACUCAUACCGUCCUGGACGCUCCCGCUCCCGCUCGCCACCGCCUUACCGCCGUGGCCAUGAUGAAUUCCGCCGUCCGCCUCCCGCUCUCGCUCUCGCUCUGCAACGCCUCCACGCCGUCGCCGUCGCCCUUCAUACAGCCGCUCUCCGUCCCGUUCUAUCAGUCCUCGUCGUAG